AUGCACAACAUUGUCAUUUUCGGAGGCACAUCACACCCAGACUUAGCAAGCAGCAUUGCUUCACGUUUGGGGUUAUCGCUUGGACGUGUAACGCUUUCAAAAUUUUCUAACAAAGAGACCAACGUAGAAAUCCGCGAGAGUGUUAGAGAACAAGAUGUUUACAUUAUCCAAUCUGGCUGUGGACACGUCAAUGACAACUUCAUGGAGCUUCUGAUCAUGGUUUCAGCGUGCAAAAUUGCUUCAGCAGCAAAGAUUACUGCGGUGAUACCUUGUUUUCCAUAUGCAAGACAACCUGAUGCUCCUUUUAAAAAAGAUGGUACACCUUUGUCACGGCUUCCGAGAGACGCUUUUAGGGGUUAUUCUUUUGAUGCAUCUUGUGAGAGUUCUGCAUCAGCAACCCCCUGCACAGAAAUAAAGGAUCCGUUAGAUAAAAUCGAACAAAAUUCAAUCUCAAAUUGCACUGAUUUGUCCCGAUCUGGCAACGUAAUUCGUGGCAUGGGGGGUUAUAAACAGUGGAUUGCUCGUUCAGGGACGCUCAUUGCUAAUCUUCUAAUGUGUGCAGGUGCAGAUCACAUAAUGACAAUGGAUCUUCAUGAUCCUCAAUUUCAAGGUUUCUUUGACAUUCCUGUUGACAAUCUUUACGGACAGCCUUUGAUGAUCAAGUGUAUAAAGCAAAACAUUCCAGAUUGGGAGCAAGCGGUAAUUGUUUCCCCGGAUGCUGGUGGCGCCAAAAGAGCUACGGCAAUCGCAGAGAGGCUUCGAAUUGACUUUGCUCUUAUUCAUAAAGAGCGCAGAUCUCAAAAUAAGCCUCAUAAGGCAGAUAUGAUGCUUGUUGGUGAUGUUUAUGGUAAAGUCUGCAUUCUCAUAGAUGAUAUUGCAGAUACUUCUUAUACAAUUACCAAGGCAGCCAAAAUUCUUCAUGAAAAUGGUGCUCAAAAGAUUUAUGCUAUUAUUACACAUGCAAUCCUGAGCGGUGAUGCUAUUCAACGAAUUCAAGAAAGUAAUAUCGAUCAAAUUUUUGUGAGUGACACUGUUCCGCAAGAUGAACAUUUGGCACAAUGCCCUAAAAUAAAUGUGUUCAACGUCGCCCCUAUGUUCGCUGAAGCUAUUAGAAGAACACAUAAUGGUGAAAGUGUUAGCGCGUUGUUUGAGAUUCUGAAUUGA